AUGGGUGGUAUUCUUUUUACAGGCCCUCCAUCAACCAUAUUAAAUUUUAAGCCUAAAGUUUCAUACAGCAACAAGAUUCCACCCACAACGGAACUGGACAGGGAAGUCGGGAGUGCUUCUCGUGGUUCGGGAGGGAGGGACAAUUCCAGUUCCUCAAACAACCCUUUUAACCGAUGGGUGCCACCUUCUGUGCUUAAACGAGAUGCAUUUCCCCAAGACCACGAUCCUAUUUUCCGGAAGGUUCGCGGCAUCCUCAACAAACUCACUCCCGAGAAGUUUGACAAAUUAACAGAUGCCAUCCUUCGCAUUGGGCUCGACUCAAGCCUGAUCCUCAAAGGUGUCAUCUUGCUGAUCUUCGACAAGGCACUUGAUGAGCCCAAGUACAGCUUCCUGUACGCGCAGCUAUGCAAGCGUCUGUCUGAGAGUGCUCCCAACUUCGACCCUCCGGAUGCGCCGUGCACCUUUGUUCGGCUGCUGCUCAACAAGUGUAAGGACGAGUUUGACAACCGCAGCCACGCCAACCAGGUGUUCGACGACCGCGAUGGACCGCUAUCCGCCAGCGAUGAGGAGCAGCGCCAGCUGGCCAAGCAGAAGAUGCUGGGCAACAUCCGCUUCAUCUGCGAGCUCGGCAAGAUGGGCAUGCUGCACGAGGCCGUGCUGCACUCGUGCAUCCAGCAGCUGCUGGCCAAGAAGCGGCACCAGCAGCUGCGCGACCUCUCGGAGGACGUGGAAUGCGCCUGUCAGAUAAUGCGCACCUGCGGCGCUCGCCUGGACACGGAGCGGGCCCGCCCGCUCAUGGACCAGUACUUCCGGCGCAUGGACCAGCUGGCUGAGCAGCCCGAACUGCCCAACCGCAUACGGUUCAUGCUGCAGAACACCGCCGAGCUCAGAGCCCACAACUGGCAGGUGCGCGCCGUGAACCGGCCGGACGGGCCGCGUACCAUCAGCUCGAUCCGGCAGGAGGCGCGCGCCGCCGGCGUGCUGCCGCCCGGCCGGGCGGCGCCGCCGUCGCGCUCGUUCCCGGCGCUGCCCAUGAUGGCGCCGGGCGGCGGCCGUCAGCGCGGCAUGGAGGACGUGUUUGGCAGCCUGCCGGUGGGCUUCAGCACGCUGGGCACCGGGCCGGGCGUCAUCGGGCUGGACGGCCGCUCCAACGGCCGCCAGCCGGCGCACGCCAUGCUGCCCGGCCGGGGCGGCGCCGGCGGCGGACGGUUCCCCCCGCAGCAGGCCGGCUACGGCGGCAAGCACGGCGCGCAGCCGCAGGGAUUCGGGAAUGGUGGCGCUAAAGACCUGCCACCGCGGUUCAAGCGGAUGAUAGUAAACCCGUCUGGGCCGGAGGACCUGUCGCUGCGACCGGCCGCCAACUCGAUGGUGCUGAAGCCCCAGGCGCCCUCCAUGGUGCCCAAGAACCUGUCUGUCGGCACGCGGCCCAUCUCCAUGACCAAGAACGAGGCGCCGCCCAUCAUCAAGGCGUCCCACGACAAGCCGCGCGCCAAGGCUCGCGCCGCCGGCCGGGAGGAGGUGGUGGGCUCGGCGCUGGCCCUGCUGCACGAGCUGUGGGCCGGCGGCGCGCUGGACGCGGCCGCCGCCGCCUGGCGCGACUGCAAGGUGCCCGACAGCCUGACCAGCCACGUGGUGCAGCAGAUGUUGGCGCGCGGCAUGCAGCGUUCAGAGGAGGAGCGGGUGCAGCUGGUGGAGCUGCUGACGGCCGUCCACAAGGCUGACACGCUGCCGCCUCACCACUCGGCUGACGCGUUCCAUCAGUUCAUCGACGGACUGGAAGACGACCUGGACGUCAAGGAACAGGCGGCAGGCGGUCUGGCGGCGGCGGUGCGGGCUGAUCUGCUGGAGCUGGGCGACGUGGCGGCCCAAUGCGAGGGCGGCGCCCACUUCCCGCUCUUCUUCAUCGUGCUGCAGCGGCUCAGCGAGCAGAUGGACAACCAACAGCUGAUGGCGCUCUGCACCAAGACCAAGACGAGCCUGCUGACGCAGCUGCCGGCCGCCGAGCGCACCAAGGAGCGUCUGGCCGAGGUGCUGGACGAGCGGCAGCUGGCCUUCCUGUGCCCGCUGCUGCCGCUACCGGCGCAGCUGGUGCGCCAGCUGGCCGCCGACCCAUCCGAGGCCGCCUUCUACAAGUGGAUCCGCGCUAACGUGCCGGCCGCGCUCCACCAGGAACGCGACUUCGUCGGCGCCCUCUUCAGCAGCGUCAUCCGCUUUAUCACCGAGCAAACGACGCUGGCCGCCGACGUGGACCGCACCCAGAUGCCGGACAAGGCGCUGCAGGAGCGCGAGCGCGAGCUGCUGCAGCGCUUCCGCCAGGUGCUGCAGGCCUUCACGCACGAGCACGUGCAGCUGCAAGUCACGGCCACCUACGCCCUGCAGGUGUACUGCUACCAGCACCAGUUCCCCAAGGGCAUGCUGCUGCGCUGGUUCAACCUGCUCUACGACCUGGAGAUCGUCGAGGAGGAGGCGUUCCUGCGCUGGAAGGAGGACGUCAACGACGAGUAUCCCGGCAAGGGCAAGGCGCUGUUCCAGGUGAACCAGUGGCUGACCUGGCUGGAGGAGGCCGAGUCGGACGAGGGCGACGAAGAUGACGACUGAAGACCGCCCUGACGCGAGCCGGUCUCGCCGCGUCCGGAGACGCCCCUCGCUCUUCUGUUCCGCGCGCGUCUCCGUGUUAGGUUCAGCGCGGCGCUGAUCGGCGCUGCGGGGACUUCUGACCCGGUGUGCGGCCGAGCGGAGCAGGCCACCGGUGGUCCCUUCCUCGUGGCGGCGCCGGAAGCUUUUAUCUGGGUUUUACCGGGCGGUCGCCAGGCAGCACCUCUUCCCCUUUAGGCAUUUGUCGGUAUCACCAGUGCACGCUCUGCCGGCUUUCGCACGUUGUUUUACCAGUUACUGAAACUUCUUUUCCGUACGAGGGAUGUUGGCACUACUAAAUAAACUACGCUCUGAUGGA